AUGGAUGCAGUCACCUCUCUCCAGUGUGUCUGUCCAGGUCCUGAUCCACUCUGGAGGUACCUCGCAGAGCAUGAUCCAAAGUACAAAGGGAAGAAGAAGCUCAAGAUCUCAGGCAGAGAGCUGGUGUCAGUCCCCCCACAGGUCUUUGGCUUGGACCAACUGCAGGUCCUGGAGAUGAGCCCAGAACGAGAGAGCUGCCUGAGGUACCGGAUGGAGCUGCUCCCCCAGGAGAUCAGCUGCCUGAGGAACCUCACCUGCCUCUACGUGGACUCCAACAACUUGAAGAAAAUCCCUGCUGAAAUUGGCACUUUGAGUUGCUUGGAGAGGCUCACUCUGAGCAACAACCACCUGAGCUCCCUGCCUGCAGAAAUAGGGGCACUUCAAAGGCUGCAUAGCCUCCACCUGGCCAACAACAGCCUGACUGAGCUGCCUGUACCCCUCUGCCAGCUGAGGAGCCUCACCUUUCUGGAUGUGAGUGACAACAAAAUAGGUACAAUCCCCUCCAGCAUUCGGCAUCUGGAGAAACUGGAAACAUUGCUAUUGCUUUUCAACUCACUGGAGAGCCUUCCUGAGGAUGUCUGUGUUUUAAGGAAUCUGCGCACACUUUGGUUGGGAAACAACCAGCUACAGUCCCUUCCAGCAGCCUUUGGGGAGCUGGUGAACCUGGACUGGGGAUACAACUACUGCUCAUGCAAUUUUGAGGGGAAUCCACUGGAGAGUCCUCCCCCUGAAGUCUGCAGCAGAGGCCCUGAAGGGAUCAGAGACUACUUCUUGUCACUUCAUAGGAUUCGGAGAGACUAA